UUUUUACAAGCAUCUUUUGUUCUUGCAUUCUCCCCCACACGACACCCACCUCCGUAUUGUUGUAUGAGACAAAUCCUACUCCUGUGAUUUCAUUUUCUACAUUACGAUUACUCAGCACGUAAAAAUCAUUUUGCGCACGUGGAAAUCAUUUUGCGAGAAGUUGUUGAUCAAUCUUCCUCGUGCAAUGGGUUUAUUUCCGCAAGACCACGACGUGACCACCCCCUCCGAGGACCUCCCGGCGGUGCCAAUACACCAGCUGGACAAAAAAUUGGUCGAGCAGAUGUUUGGCAACGAGGAAAAAUUCGAGCAAUUUGUCCAGGAUUGCGCCGACAAGGUGAAGAAGCUUCAAGAAUCUGUAGCCACGAGAAGGACCACGUCGACCAGCUGCACGGGAGAAGCUGUUGAACAUCAAGAAGGAGUACAAGAACCACCAUCUGCACAUGGUACAAGUUGUUCCGAGGAGCCGUUGAUCGAGUACGAAGCACUCGAGCAGCUGGUCCUGGGGGAGAAUUUUGGUCUCCAGAGCAGCAAUUCUACCAUUGCGAGGACCACAACAUCAAGGCAGCUCCUGAUGAAUGGAGAUCACUGCACCGCUGCGGCGGAGGAGGACGAGGAGGAUUUAUUUAUUCCGGAGAACGACCAAGAUGAACCUCAAGAAGUUGAACUUCCUCUACAGUCGAAUACAGGUUGUACUUUGAUGUCCAGUUCUACUUCGAACUACUUCCCGACGAUUUUUUCGGAGGAACAUCAAACGUCAACUCCAUCUUCACUAGGCCCGCAGAACAACUUGAUGGACGCAAUACCUGCACCAGUAGAGCUAGAAACAAGAACAACAGGUGAAAAUGACCUGAAGAUGGAGCAAGGAAGCGAUGGAGCUGCAAGUGUUGUUGACCCGAACAAUGCUAAAGAUCAGGAAGAAGUUCUGGUUCUUUCUCAACAGGAAACAAUCGAAGACUCGCUACACUUGCUGGAGGAGGAGCAAUUAUCAAAAAUCGAGCAGGAGAUUGACGACGUCAUAGCGCAGGAGCAGCAAAUCAUCGAUCACAUCGCGAGGGCGGUGGAGAAAUCUUCCAGUUCGACUUUGGAUGAACACGAGGAAGAAGGCGUGAAAUAUCAAGGUGAAAUCGCAAAAAUCCCCCAGCAGGACGAGGAUCACGGCACUCCUGAUCAAACCAGCUCGGACGACGAGCUGAACGAACUGAAAUUGACGGAGAGUGAGGCGGAUAGCGAAGGGGAUCAUGAUGUUAGCGAUGAUCCGAAUAUCGGCGAUCUGGAUCAAAUAGAUGGUGAGGUCGUGAUGUCUCCUAGCAUGACAAACUCCUCUAUGGAGAGAAAAAAGUUUGUCACAGUCACUAACUUGCAGAUUUUGCAUUACAAAUUUUCUAUAGCAUCACAGAUUUUCCUUGUAUUGCAGAAGCACUAGGGAAAUCCCUAAUGAGGUUUGGCUGUGAUGCAUUUUUACGCAUGACAAACAAUUUUGUAUUGCAAAAAUGCGCAUGAGUGAUCGUGACGAACUUUUUCUCUUUGAUAUCCUCUACUUCCACAAGUCCGACAUCGUCAAAUAGUUCUUCUUCCACCGGUAUGGAUUGUAAAAGUGUCUGGGUCUGGAAACUUGUGAUGCUGGUCGGCGUAUCAUGAAGAGGCCACAAGUGCUGGCUCAGCAUGACAAGGCUUUGAGCCUCUAGGCGUUGCCAAUUCUGCAUGACAAAGUGCAUUUUUGCAUGACAGAAAAGCCGGGCUCUUGAGUAACGUGCACGACAGAUUCAAGAGUCAUGCCAGACAAGCAUGACAAACUUGCAUUCUUCCAGACUCAGACAUAUUUGCAGUUCAUAACCGGUAAUAAUUCCCCAAAUUCAUCGUUGCUGUCUCCGAAGCUUUUGUCGUUCUUCAUUGAGGAAUACAACGAGCUUUCGUUGGCCAACUACACGUAUCAAAUGUAAAAAUGUCUGGGUCUGGAAAAGUGUAAACUUUAACUUGUCAUGCAGAUUUUCCAUGACCCAUGAGGUCUGGAAUGCCGGAUUUAGCAUGACAGAAUCUACGAGGUCUCUGCUAUGCCUAUCCUGCAUGACAAACUCCCUUCCAACUUGGUCAAAAGUGGACAGCUUUUGGCUCUCAUGCAACACAGAUUUUCGCAUGCUUCAGAUUUACCAUGACAGGUUGCAACCUUCCAGACCCAGACAUUUUUACAUUUGAUAACACGGUGCUCAGCACCAUUCACGAAGGGGAGGAGGAGGACAGCGGCGCGGAUACAGUGAAAGCAGACACGGUGCUGCAACAAGCUGUGGAGGAUGAAAACGCCGGCCGCGUAGAAGAUGUGGACGAGAGUGAAGAUGUUGGGACCACGAUGAAAGCGAUUUCUCAUGCUGUUGGGGACGGAGGGGAACGACAGCGAGGUCCUCUUGCGAAUAACAUCACUGAAGAUCUUCAUGUCGACGAAGACGAUGACGGCGUGAUUGUGUUCCAGCGAGAGGUCGCGUCUACUUCAUCAUCGGUAGAAGCUGAUGGUGCAGGAACGGCAACAGCGAGGGAAACGAGUGUGACGACUGCGGAGGACGAGGCUGCCGAAAUCAUCACAGCCGAUGGCGCUUUUACUUCUGCACAUGACAACAGCGGUACGCAGGUCGAGCUCGACCAGACAUCACAAGAUCAAGAAGGAGCGAAAGAAAUCAAAAAAGCUCCACUUUCAGUCCUUGCGGAAGAACAAUCUUCGCCUGAGAAGUUCUUGUCGACCCACGUCGGGCAGUACAAAGAAGAGCUGCUGCAAGUAGAAAAAACAGAGGAACACGAUCAAAACAAGAAUAUUGCGGGGAUGAUGAAACAAGCGGUAGCAGAGCAAGAAUUGGACGCGAGCGUUGCCGCAGCUGCAGGAAUUGAAGUGGAGGACGCGACGCCGACUACGAACAUCGUUGACACGUUUGUGAAAGAACGUGAGCUACUAGUUGUAUCCGAGGACGUAGUUGAUGUGGCAGCUCCUUUCACGACUCUGGUCGCUUGUUCCAGUCCCAACCCUGUCUUGACCGAAGGUUCGCACAGUUCGCCGAGACAGGAUUCCCGAGAACUGCAUCUUCCGGGUGGUUCGGAAACCGCAACUACCGGCGAGCAAAAAGAAGAUGAGUUUGCGUCCAGUUUGAAGCGCAUCACGGGCCAGCACCGCACGAACACAGUGGCGUCCAUCGGUUUGGGCGACGAUCCGGAUCAUUCUUCUGCGCUCCAUCGUGAUCCUGACGAGCUGGAGAAGGGCCUGAUCGAGGAUUCGGCCUUGACAAAACUGCGAGGGCUCGGGCUGUGGGAGGAGGAGAUAAACUUGAGCCCGAAUGGCAACAAUGCUGGGCCUGUGACAACAUCUUCGCCCUCGGCUGCGUCGGACCAGCAACUUGGCCGGGGCAUUUCUUCCGAGGCAGAUUCGGAAAAACGGGCGAAGAAGAAAAAGGAGAAGAAGGAGAGUAGAAAAGGGUCGGCGUCUGCUGAUUCGACUUCAUCCCGGGUGGUGCAAAUUGAAGAGCCGGCGGUGGAAGUGGAAUUCGAGGGGGAAACAGUAGAACAACCUAGUACAGCAGCUGAAGUAGCACAUCAACCGGUUGCAACUACUACCUUUUCAUCUGAAGAACACCAGCCGGAACAAGAACCAGUGCAGCAGCCUGUCCCCACGACGACCUCAGAUGAUCACCUGCAGUCUCCCACUUCCACCAGCGCCCUCUCCCCAACCGGGUUGUUUGACCUGCUAGGAGAAGACCACAGUGAAGCGACGGCUUUUUCGGCUACCGCCGGGGUGACGAGCACUCAAGAGGAAAAUCAUGCGGAACAAGUGGACGACGAAAUGGACCUGAGUGCGAUGUUGGGAGCAACAGCAAGUGUAGCAAAAAACGCGACUGCUCCUACAGAGGAAACUCAAACUGCACAUAAUAACGAGCAGCCGCGAGGUACCUCCACCAACGAAAAAACUAUUGCAAGCAACGCAGAAGGUGAUGGUAUUGGUAUCACUAUCACCCAUGAUCAACAGCCACAGGAACAAGUAGAUCUUCAUGCCAAGAAUGGCGCAGAUACCCAAGUCCGCCGGCGCGCCACCAGUCACGAGAGCGUCUUACAACUCGCGUCGCAAGCAGACAAAAAUGGAAAACGAGAAGCUACUGCGGGAGGGGGUAUUGCCACAGCAGCGGGUGGUAGUUCUUCCGCCGGCGUCGAAAAGGAACAAAAGGGAAAUGUUAAACUCACGAUCGAACAAGAUCUCGCAGGGUCGGUUCCGGUGAUCCAGAUUACCCCCCCAUCCACUGCCGCUCCGGCUGUCGCAGGAGCAGCAGCUUCUGCUCCGGGGGGAGAAGCGGGAAUGUUGAAUGCAACUGCUGCUUCACAGAAAGUCACGAACGAGAGUCAACAAGCGAACAAAGAGUCCGAGGCUGAUGACGGCGCUAUUACCUUGAUUCUGGAGCAGGAGGAGGAAAUAAAUCUCGAUCUACACGACGAAGACGGCAGAGUCGCGGCGGCCUUGAGACACGCGACGGACUACCUUCCCGAAGAUUUGUUCAGUAAAGUCACCGCGCUCGCCCUGGAGGAGCUGCAGGCCAGCGGGAUCGUGUUUAAUAAUAAAGGUUCAGCCACCUCCUCCCCACGGAGUGGAGGAUCUUCUACGCAGAGGUUCGGGCGGAAGGCUUCUUUGACUCUGGACAAGGACGAUCCGUUGCAUCACGAGCUGCAGCAGUUGGAAUCUCCGGACUCGCUCCGGUCCUCCGCGGUGGUUGUUGGGUUCUCGGACCAGAGCAAGCUGCCGAAGGAGGCGAAGCCUGAAAUCAAGAAGAUCUACAUCACGGAUAAGCUGGGCAAUCAACAGGAGGUGAUUAUCCUAUGUAAAACCGUUCCCACCCCAGACUUGUCAUGCAAAGCUGCACGGUAAAAAUGGUUCUCAUGCGGGGCCCAAUGAGAGGCAUUUUUUUUUUCGUGUUUCGCAAUUUGUCAUGCUCCAAUCGGCAUGAUGUGCUACAUCUGUGAUGCUGCGUAACUAGCUAAACAGGAUCGAUGCACUAUGCGGCCAGAUUUGUCAUGCAGAACUCCCAAAACUCUGGGAUUUGUGUUGCAGACUUCUCAUCUUGACUGUGGUGUGGGGAUGUUUUUGCACAGGAUAGUGUUCCAGGAGGAAAUUCAGAUCCUCGGGCCGGUCGACCAGAAAUCGGCCGAACACGACAAGGAUUUGCUGAAAGAAAACCCGAUGGAUGGCAGUGGCGGUACCAGUCCCGGGCAAUCGCAGGACGACAAGAACAGCAAAGAGGCGGGCUCCGGCACCGGGUCUGCGACGGAAGACGCGUCGGGGAAUGCAGAGGACAAGAAGGCGGCAGUGGUCGGCGCGCUCUUCGGAAAAAAGGAACCCGUCAUGCCGUUCGGGCGCGGCAAGGCGAAGGCGAAGGGCGGACAAGUCGCCGGCGCGAAGCCGGGCAAGGCGGGCGGCGCGGCGUUCGGGAAAUCCAAGGCCAAGGCGGCCGCGGGUGGUGUCGGUGGUAACAACGCCAAUCUCACGGUGAACACCGGUGGAGCAGGUGGGGGUCUGGGAACGAGUGGGGGGCAGGUGAAAAUGUCGCCGCGGGGCGACGGACAGACAGGUGCACCCGGAACUACGGGAGGAGCUGCGCCCGGAAGCGGUGGCGCGGCCAACAAAACUGGAGGCGUCGCCCAGCAAACGUCCUCGGGGAAGGAUGGAUCGACGAGCAAGCAGGGUAAAAACAAAUCCGAUCGCCGAUCCUCCGGCGGGAAGGGCUCUAGUUCGCGGCGGAAAAAGCCCGGAUCCGGCGGGGCGGACGACGACAAUGAGGACGGGAAGAAUAAAGAAAGUGACAGCGAGAACUCCGACUCUUCUUCCUCCGGCUCUGAUUCUUCGGAUUCCGACAGUGAUUCCGACUCCGAUUCCGAUCGCAAAGGAUCGAAGAAGCGCAGGAAGGGGAGAAAGUCGAAGAAGAAGCACAAGAGGAAGUCGCAGCUGCAACUGGACACCGAGCACAUCAACAAAAUCGUGACGCAGGUAGCGCGGAGAGUGGUCUUGGAUGAGGUGAUUGUGGAAUCGAAAAACGAGAAACAGCUGCUGAACAUCUUGCGACUGCGCGAUGAGGAAAUCCGCAAAGCGCUGUCGAACAAAGCCGAGGCAGAGGGGAAGGUCGACCAGAUGCAGCACAUGGUGAAACAGAUGGAGCAGCAGCUGAACUUUUUGUCGAAGGAACGCGACGAACUGAUGGAGAAGCUUGCUGCGGAGCGCGUUUUGUCCCAGCAUGCCCAGGUGUUCGUGGACAACCAAGCGAGUAAGGCACAGGGGCUGGAAGAAAUCCUGAAGGAAGAGCGGAAACUGUUCACCAAGGACCUGCGCAGACUGCAAGCGGAAGUGGAGACAGCGAAGGAAGCGCACAGGGUGGAGGUGCUGGCCUACCGAAGAGCCCUCAGUGUGGAGGAAAGCAAGGUAAGGAACUACUGAUAGGAAACUUUUCUUUCAUCUCCUGCAGCUGUUUUCGUUGGUUAGGUUUCAUUUGAUUUUCUACGGCGCAUCAGAAAUGAAAUGUUCAUGCGUUCUUUGUCUUUGUUGUAUGAUGUGGAUUUCGAUUUUAUAAUAUCAUUCCAUUGCACCACGUCGACGUUGUUUGCGCCAACAAAACUACCAGGUGGCGUCCCUCACGCACGAGGUGAAGCAGCUGCAGAGCGGCGAAUUGGCCAUCCCCACGUCGUUUGAGCACGAUUCCUCGGGUUGGUUGGACGCCGCGGGAAAGAAGAAAAAGUCCAAAUCCUCCAUGAACGAUACGCUUGGGUCUACCAGUCAAAAAAGGCACCAGGCAAAGCGGAUAAAAAUCCUGCACCUGCAGCAGAAAAUGCACGGCAGCACCAAGGAAAAGAACCAGAAGGCGAUUCAAGACGCCUACCAGAUGAAGUUCCCGCCCAACCGGGUCACGCUGCCCAAGUUGAUUUGAUCAAUACAUAGACUUUUCAUGAUUUUCAUUUUGAAGAUUUUGCCUUUUGGACAAAUUCCUUGACUUCGAAAUUCAAAUUCAUCUCACGAGCGUCAGUUCUGCUGUCGCUUUUUUUAAUGUACAUUACGAUUUUACUUUUAUAUUCUAGCAUAGUGGAGGAAAAAAUGAACUAAUGUACUCUACAUACAAGCAGUCAUAGUCUUGUGCGAGCUGCGAUUGCGACCUUUUGCUAGGACUUGUUACCCGAUUUUUGGAGGUUGAUGUUUCCGCUUAUGUUGUAGUGUCUUCGGAAGAGAAGAUGACUUUCAUCAGUUUUUAUGUCCUUCCUGCCACUGCAAGAAGCUGUAUCCCAGCGAUUUUUUUUACCAAUUUAGUACAUAGAAAUCUAGUUCAUCUUCCAGUAUCAAUUUUGGCAAAGCGUUUCUGUUUGCACAGGCAAAAGAGCCAGGUAAAUUACUUGUUUGUUAUGCAGCAAGAAACGGCAUAUCUGUAACUGUAUCUCGUCCCUCGCCGCGUCUUCCCAUGUGCAUGAGUCGUUUUCACCCCUGAUGAACACGAAACAGAACAAGUACUACUUCUACCCCACGACUUUACACUCAUUUCUGUACGUAAAUUGUGCACAAGAAGAACUAUCCUCUCCAUGAUGAAGACGCAUGUGUUGUCGUCGUGAAAAG